GGAGGAGGAUACGAGAGAGGCUCUCUCACAGAAACGGCUGUAGAGCUUCAUUCAGCAUCAGCACAACGAAGCCAACACACGCGCGCGCGCGCACAUACACACGCCACACUGCUGAACGCACACGCACAUACACGCGAGCGGAGUGAUCGGCAAUGAACUGAGCCAAACUCGGACAGUGACUGGAGAGAAAUUAUCCCGGGAGAAAAAAAAAGGGGAGAGGGAGAAAAGUUGGGAGUGAGGAGAGAAAGCCACGUUCCCGAUGCUGUGAACGCGCGCCGGAUCCGCGGAGAGACUGAAAGCUGGCGCUUCACUUUCCUCUCAGCCGCGCGCUGAUUUCUCUCCGCUGGAGAGGUUCUGAGAGUUGACUGGUCCAGCGCAGAGAGCUUUCAGCUUUGAGGACUUUUUUCGAGCAGGAGGGACGCUUUGGGAAAGAUGCUGGCGUUUGCCAUCGCGCUGUGCCUUUGGGGAGCAGUGGCUGAAGCAGCUUACUUUUCCCAGCAGCCCCAGGACAAGGUAGUGGUGGCUGGUCAGUCAGUGACGCUGCCCUGUGUCAUCGUGGGAUAUCGAGGCAUGGUCCAGUGGACCAAAGAUGGGCUAGCACUUGGUGGAGAAAGAGAUCUGCCAGGCUGGGCACGUUACUCUCUACUGGGAGAUCCGGCAUCAGGAGAGCACAGCUUGGUGAUCGAAUCGGCAGAGCUGGGGGACGACGCGGUCUACGAGUGUCAGGCCACCCAAGCGGGUCUGCGCUCUCACCGGGCCAAGCUCACCGUUCUGGUGCCACCGUCGGACCCUGUUGUUGAGGGAGGCCCCGUGGUGCGGUUGAAGGCUCACACGCCCCAUAACCUGACUUGCCGGGCCUCUGGAGCCAAGCCUGCUGCAGAAAUCACCUGGUACCGGGACGGAGAGGUCAUGCACUCUGCCAUCUAUUCUAAGUCUCUGAUGGAGGAUGGGAAGAGAGAGACAGCAGUCAGUUUGUUACCGAUGGUGCCUGAGGACCGCGACUCUGGACGAACCUACACCUGCAGAGUCCUUAACCCGGCCGCACCCGCUGGACGCCAAACCUCCGUCACCAUCAAUGUUCAACAUCCACCCUCAGUGACUCUGUCCGUCCAGCCCCAGACUGUGAUGGAGGGAGCUAAAGUGUUAUUCAUCUGCUCUGCCUCGGCCAACCCAGAGAUCACUGGCUACAGGUGGUCCAAAGGCGGCAUCCCUAUCUCCGAGGCUAAUGGGGACAGUCUGGAGGUGACUGUCGAUCACUCCUACUUCACUGACCCUGUAUCCUGUGAGGUGUCCAACUCUGUGGGCAGCACCAAUGUCAGCACACUGGUGGACGUACAAUUUGGGCCCAGGUUGUUAUCCGAGCCCAAGCCCCUGACAGUGGACACAGGUAUGGAUGCUGCGUUCACCUGCGCCUGGACUGGAAACCCCCCUCUAACUCUGGCCUGGACUAAACAAGGAUCUAGUGUGGUUCUCAGCAAUGGAAACACACUCCAGCUAAAGGCAGUUACUCAGGAAGACGCUGGGCUGUACACCUGCAAAGCCAUCGUGCCCAGGAUUGGUGUCGCCGAAAGAGACGUCACCCUCACUGUCAACGGUCCCCCCAUCAUUACGGCUGAUGCCACUCAGCAGGCUGUAAAACAUUCGAAAGGGAAGCUCGAGUGUUUGGUGGGGAGCAGCCCCCCGCCAGACAAGAUCAUGUGGACAUUCGGGGACAUGAGUUUGUCAUCCGGCUCUUCUGGACGUUUCUCCGUUCAGACGGUCAACAGCGAUCAUGGCGUCGUGUCCUCACUCAUCCUGUCUGAGACGCUGGCCCAGGACUUCCAGCUGCGAUACAACUGCACGGCCUGGAACCGCUUCGGAACAGGCACAGCGCUGGUCACCCUCAAAGAACAAGAGGCUCUCCCCAUGCUGAUCAUCAUCGGUGCUUCAGUUGCAGGCGGCUGCGUCUUCAUCGUCGUCAUCACCCUGGUGUCCGUCUGCUGCCGCCACACAGCCAAAGGUAAAAAAGGGACACGUCUGUCCAAGAGCGACAUCCGUGUGCAAAUCGUGCACAGUGACCACAAUGCUGCCCGUGGAAAUGACGAUGAGGAGGAUGUGAAGGAGCCGAUGGCUCCCAACAGCAGUGAGUCUCCAGGGACGUCCCGCACUGAGCACAGCGAUCUACUAGAGGAGGAAGAUGAUGAGAGAUCAGAUAUCAAGGACCCUACUAAUGGCUACUACAACGUUAGAGGCCACGAGGACCGCCACAUCACCCGCAGUGGCUUCUCUGAGUACGUCCCCAACUCUAGGCCGGUUUACACACCAUCCCAGCUGCCCUCCCCCAGCCCACUGUAUGGCCAGCAGGCCAAUGCGCAGACCCGCAUCUACGACUUCUCCAACCGAUACGCCACCACCCCAGGAACACGCAGCACCUACGAGCAACAACCACAGCAACAAACGCAACAGCAGCAGGCCACACCCACCAUUUACCCACAAGAGCCCCUGUAUUCAGGCUCCGGCUACCUUCCCUCCACUUAUGGCCGUGCCUUCACCAGCUAUGUCAAACCAGCCUCCUACGAGAAGGUGGAUGGCUACGAGAACUCGGACGAAGCCAGCAAAGUGUCCAGCUCAUCCCGCUUCUCCUAUGCAUCCUCGCAGGUUUCCUCACAGCAGUCCGACUACGGACGCCCAUCCCAGCAGCGCAUGCAGACUCACGUGUGAACAAAGCAGUGGAAAAGGAGACUUACCCAUGGCAUGGCACGUUCAACCAGAGAAGGCUCUGGAAUUGGAAUUGGAAUUGACUUGGAAUUCUCCCUCCUCCAAACUCUUUUUCAGAAAGAAAGAUUGUUGGGUCGAUUUGAAUGGGGCAGUGAGGUCAAAAGCUGUCCCUUGGUUGUUUGUCACUUCUUACCUGAAUGUGGAUGUUGAAGGAAACUUUCUGAGAAAGUAUAGCUCUGUUGUGUUGUUCCGUCACCUCUUGACUGCAUAAGCUAAUUUAAUUGUGUUUAGCCUCGUCUACUAGCUAAACUUCUGGUGAACGAAUUCCAUCCUUUGUAUUUCACUCGACUUGUUGCAUUUACGCAAGGAGACACAUGAGAAUGCUACAAGCGAUCCCCCUUCUGGAUCUCAGAAGGGGUUGAUGAUGUGAUGGGACUAAUGAAAUGAACUGUUCACAAGAAAAUGUGAAACUAACCUUUGUAAAUGAGAACUUUCGUGACAUUUCGCUGGACCACAAUCAAAAAAGAAAAAGAAAAAAAAGACAAAAAAAGAGAACAGACUUACAAUUUAAAACUUAAAUAAUCCAAAAAAAUGGACAACAAUGUCUUACUUGAUGGCAUGCUGAAGGAAUUGUAAGCACAUUUGUGUGUCCAUGACAUGAGGACUACCCUCCAACAAAGGAAUUCAAGGAUAAACAGACCAGACAAGAAAGAACUAGUGGUAGUUCUGGGUCUUUUUUUCAGAAGCCUUCCGUCUGCUGUUUGUGUCAUGUUUGUUUGUGCUCUUGAGGGGCUAUUUUUGAAGAAUACAAUGAACUUGCCGGAUCGGCAAGAGAAGCGGCAAUCCGAAUGCAGUGAAUAAAGGCUAAGCGUGCAGCACUUUGGGUACAUUUCUGUCACUUCGGUGGAACAAAGAGAUUAACCUCAAAUGAAGAUGCAACCCAGACAACGAAAGAGGGUGUCAUUUUGUAACCAUUGCCCAAAAACACAGCUGCCCAUAUGAAAAUGGAACAUAUUGCAAUGUGUUGUGAGUAUAUUCCAAAAUGUAAAUAGAAUAUAUUGGAAUGUACUUUCAAUGUAUUACCUUUUUGUAUGGGUGGGUUUGGGGUUGAUUUCAAAUGUGCCUCGGCUGAGCCUAGUUGGUUGGUGGCAAUCUGCGCUCUAAAGACAAGGUGCCAUGAAGGGUUCUUUGAGCGAAGCAGUAUGAAAAGAGACUUGUGAGUGCGAGGAAACUUUUGAAGACUUAAUGUAGGGGUUCUAUACCAAUUUAAGGGUUCUUCCUAGAAACUUUAGAAUGUGUGGAGGUUCUUUAAUCCAAAAAAAGGUUUCUUCACACUCACUGCAAAAAAU